AAACGGAUCUAGGUUAAAUUUAAUGAUCUUAUCGACAUACAUGACUUGAUGCAGAUAAAGUUUAUUUGAAUCCAUCCCUUAUUCUCUCUCUUCAGCGACUGAAACAGUCCAAUUUUACGUAAAACAAACCAACACCAUGAUGAAGAUGGUUUAUACAGUCUGUUACUUGGCGCUAAUUUUCUCCCUGGGAGCAUGUACUGUUGCGGAUAUUGAACCACAGAUUAAUGAAGAAGAAAUCGCAGAUUUCGGAACCAUUUUGAUGGACAUGAUAAAAAAGCUUGACGUUGAUCGAAUGUUCGACAAUUACGUAGCAGAUAUCGAACCUUUAAAUUUUCCCGAGACAGGCGAUAUCCAAAAUGUACAAGCUUUGACAUGUUCGUGGAAAGGAUCUUCCGGAAUAUGCUGUGCAAAGCCGAGUAGGGCUCCUCGUUUGUGUUUACGUGUUAAGUUAAGCAGUGGAGAAAUUGCAAUAAUGAUGAGAUUUUAUCGAUUCACACUUCUUUCGGAAAAAAUACACGGCGCUGUAACCAAGACCUUCUAUAUUCGUUUUGGACCCCUACAGUACUGGUUAACAGUCUCCGUGAAAAGCAUCACAGAUCAUUUCGCCAACGUGUGUUUCAGUCUCAAAUACAAAGUAUUUAGGGUCAUACGGAACGAAUCUCUGGGCUGCUUUAGUAAAAAAUUUUGAAAUAAAAAACCAGUAUAACAAAAUGAACCGAGUCAAAUAUUCACUCUUUUAUGGGAAGAUUGAAACAAAAAUUUCUCGAAGGUCAAAGGACUGACUUAUGGCGAAGAAAAUUCCAUGGAAAAAUUGGAAUGAGUACAAAAAAAAAAUAAAUAAAUUAAAAUAAAUAAAAUAAAAAAAUGAUUUAUAUAUUCCGUGAAUUAUCAAUCCGCUUUGCUUGAUGCAGAACUGAUAGUGCUUUGUAGUCAGGGGAUCAUCCUACCUGUAAGGAGAUUAGAGUUUUGUACUUGUUUGAAAUAAAUAAAUGUUUCUCCAGAAAAAUCUCAAGCCUUCAAGAA